AUAUGACUUGAACUUUAAAGCACUUUGAGUGGUCGAUGAGACUAGAAGAAGAAAAAAAAAAAAAAUAUAUAUAUAUAUAUAUAUAUACUGUAUAUAUAUAUAUAUAUAAAUUGUAUAAUCAUGAGGGGUGUUGCGAAUAUUGAAAUAACCCUAGAUAGUCAGUCUCUGCCUCUUCAAAUUGAAUGUUUUUUCGUCUAUAAAAAAAAAUAAUAUCACCCGAAUUUGUCAAACAAUCAAUGUAAAAAUCUAACAAAGCUUUCAGUUUAGAAUUAUUAUACCAAGGGACACUGUCAAAUUAUCAAUAGAUCCAGAACCAGCAGAAUAAUUAUAAUAGUUCAAGGCCACCUCAUAGUCACUGAUUCUAAGUAUCUGAUCUGUCAUUCAAGUUUCUGAUACCCUGAACCUGUCCUUGUCCUGAACGUACGGUACGUGGACUCUGUGACAGACGCUCAUUUCAUUUCAUUAUGAUUUAUUCUGUUCUUUUCAGGGUAAUCUAGAACAAUACACUUCCACACAUUCCAUGAACGACAAAGGAGCAGGAAGAAAACAAAUCUUUGCCUGCCCCUUUUCAUGUAAAUAAAAUAAACCCAGAUCCCCUUUUUUGAUUUCCUUUCUUUUCACAAAUCAAAUCAAUCAAACAUUAAUCAAUAGUUAUAAUAAUCAAUAGUUAUAAUAAUCAAUAAUAAUAAUUUAAAUAUUACUCAAUACAUUCAUUGCGUUGGUCACGUAGAUAUUGUGGUCUGAUGAAUCUGGAUGGACAUUGUGAGAGUACAGUAGCAUAGUAGUAGGUCCAACAUCCACCCAUAAUCUUUUUAAAAAAAUAAAAUGUCAUUUCAUUUCAGGACAUUAAGUGUUUUUUUCUGUGUAGCCUCUGUGAUGCACAACUGCAGAAUGUGAAGUAGAUAAUGUUUGCAGUGUGUGUGUGUGUGUGUGUGUGUGAGAGAUUGAGUGAGUGAGUGAGUGAUCGAUAAUAAAGUUGCAUUUUUAUGUUUCUGUUUGCUGUCUGUUGUAUUGCCAAAUGUUCUAAAACUGGUGUCAAAUGUUGGUGGCCAUUGAAACAAAUUCAAAAAUCACGAAUGCUGCCUGCGAUGAUAAUGCUCCAUGUUUCAGAGCAAACGUCCCACACUGGUUUCAGGAAAUGACCGUGACCUUCAGUGACCUCCCCAGUCCCCAGAUGUGAAUCCAGGUGAAGACCUUUGAGACGUGGUAGAACAGGAGACCGUCUGCAAGACGAUAACUCUGCAGAGAAGAUGUGAUGCGGCCGUGUCCACAUGCAGCAGAAUCUCAGAGCAACGAUUCCAACAUCCCGUGGAUGAACCAAGAGCAGAGAGGGGAACUAUCAAGUGUCAGUGGUGUUCCUUAUAACGUGCUCAAUGGGUGUACAUGUAAUCAUAAAAAAAUCUUUUGUUUGAACUCACCUCUCCAGCCUCUCAGGUGGACUUGGAUCUCCCACCUGUCCUCUCACCUGUCGAGUCAAUCAUUAAUGUUUCCUUCUGACAGCGGUGACAGUGACUCGGGCCAACGCGGAAACACCAGGACCACUGGCCUCUGGUUCAGGGAGCUCACACGGUGGGUGUUGUGCUGUGCCAUGAUUCCAGAGCUGUUGGAAAGCUGACUGUGUGUUUGAUGUGUGACAGGCGAUUCUUUGAGAAUGGGGAGAGGAGCCAACUGUAGCUGGAUUGGGCCUGAGAUCCCUCUGUCGUCGCAGAUCUUCAGAGCCAUCGCAGACGAACUAUGGCUCUUCCUCAUCCCGGCCGGCCUGGCCCUCAUCUUACUGGGGGUGUUCCUGGAGGAAGUGGGCUUCAUCCUGCGCCACGUUCCCUCGUCCGGGCGAAAACAGCUCUACCUGUGGAUAUUAGGAAUGUAUCCGGUUUUCGCCUCGACCUCCCUCAUAGCGCUGUAUGUGCCACGGUCUUCCUCACUGUGUAACUUCGUCGCUUCACUGUAUCACUCCAUCACCUUGCUGAAAUUCAUGGACCUGAUCACAGACUUCUUUGGAGGGAGCGUUCGUUUGCUGUCUGCUCUGUCUGGACAGCUGGUGUCUCCGGAUCCUUUCCCCUGCUGCUGCUGCUGCUGCCUCCCCAUGGUGGCCAUCAACAGCAGCAGCCGUGGCUGGAUGAUGGCCGCUGUGCUGCAGCUCUCUGUCGUCCGCAGCAUCCUGUUCUUUGUCACCCUCGUCCUGUGGACUGAUGAACAGUACGACUACGGUGAUGUGGACUCAGUCAACCCCAACCUAUACGUCAACGGGAUCAUAUGCGUGUCGACUUUCGUGUCCUUCUACGGCCACCUGCUGUUUUACAAAGCCACCAAGAGUGCUUUACACGGCUACGGACUGAGAGCCAAGUUCGUCUGCGUCAUCGUGGUGCUGGUGCUGUGUGGGCUGCAGAACGGCAUCCUGGAGACCAUGGGUGCUCUGGAGGUGAUCCCCUGCACACCACCCUUCUCCGUCCUGACCAGGUCCCAGUUGAUUUACCACUACUGCGUGAUCGUGGAGAUGUUCUGCAUUGGCCUGUAUGCCCGCCACACUUUCCGCAAGUUGGAGCCGAGCAUGUUGGAGGAUGCAGAGGUGCCCCUCGGUGUCUGGCAGAUAGAAAAGGGCAUUCAAACAGACGACGUGCAGAUGAUGCAUCGCAGGCCUGGCCUGCCCUCAGAGGAGGCCUGCCCAGGCCAUCGCCUUGUCACUGCCUCCAAUCCCGGUUACAACAGUGACAGUGAGGACAGCCUGUGCAGGAUAGAGCAUGCACCCCUGGAUGGAUUCCCCUUCCCUCAGGUCAGAGGUCAGCAGCCAGGCAGACCAGAUCCACUGGAGCCGAGGCAUGCAGAGGAGCCAGGUGUGGAUCUGACCCACAUUACUGUCAGAGCUGAUAUCAACUAUCAGGACAGUAAGGCUGUCACUGUGGUGUGACCAACUAUCACUCACUGGUGUCGUAUGACCCUGAGGACUUGUCUGUGAUAAACAGGGUUACCUACUACUGUAUGAACUGUACAAGGGUGUUGGUCCUCCUCUACGUGGUGCACAUUCACAAAUACUCUUGAUCUCACAGUUUCCAAACUGUUACGCUGCCAUACGCUGCCAUACGAUGAGGAUACGUUCACCACUUGGUCUCAUCCGUGUAGUCAUGAGGAAUGUUGCGAUUUGUAGGGCUUCAAAUCCCUAGAUGUGUGUUUUGUUAUGUAUUUUUCGAGAACUUGUAGGCUAACCUAACGGUUUCAAAGGGCUAGAAUCCUGUGCCACAGCACACUGUACAUGUUCAUUGCCUUGCUGCAUGUCUCUUCAACAUUGUUUCUCCUCUGGCUUGGACUGUACCUCAUUUUAACAAAGCUUCAGACUCAGGUGUGUGUCAAAUAAAUGACAAUUCUUUUGCGCACCCAAGUAUAGUCAUUCUGGACACUGGACACAUCUGUUGAGUAAAUCAUUUCAUCUUCCCUCCUUUGAGAGAAAUCCAAACAGAAAAUAAACAAUUCUGUAUAUUUUGUAA